ACCAAAGCCAAAGAAUUUUCUUUCUUGUUGCAUAUUGCCAUUUUUUUUUCUCUCUCCAUGGAUUUGUGUAGCGCUGCUCAGUUCCUUGAAAACAAGACCAUUUUGGUCUCUGGUGCAACUGGAUUUUUAGCAAAGGUUUUCGUAGAGAAGGUACUGAGAAUUCAGCCCAAUAUCAAAAGGUUGUAUCUUCUCAUGAGAGCAGCUGAUGUCAACUCCGCACAUCAACGCCUUCACAAAGAGGUUCUAGGGAAGGAAUUGUUUAGUGUUCUGAGAGGAAUUUUGGGUUCAAAUAUCGAUUCAUUUUUUUAUGAAAAGGUGAUUCCAGUUCUUGGUGAUAUUUCUCGUGAGAAUUUAGGAAUACAAGAUAUCACUUUAAGAAAAGAAAUUUGGAGAAAUACAAAUAUAAUAGUAAACUGUGCUGCAACAACUAAUUUUGAUGAAAGAUAUGAUGUUGCAUUGGCUAUCAAUACAAUGGGAGCUCUAAAUGUCUUAAACUUUGCAAAGUUAUGUCCAGCAGUAAAGAUGCUUCUCCAUGUUUCAACAGCUUAUGUGUGUGGUGAAGGAACUGGACAAAUCAUGGAAGAACCAUUUUGCAUGGGUGAGAGUCUUAAUGGGACGUAUAAAUUAGACAUUGACGGUGAAAAGGAAUUGGUGGAUGAGAAAAUGAAGGAACUCCUUGUUGAUGGCAGAAGAGAAGGAAUUGCAUUUGCCAUGAAGGAGUUGGGCAUGCAAAGAACAAUUGACAGCGUACUGGCUAGUUAUGGCAAAGGAAAAUUGAAAUGUUUCCUUUGCAGUCCUGAGUUAGUCAUUGAUGUGAUACCAGCAGAUAUGGUGGCAAAUGCAAUGAUUGUGUCCAUGGUAGCACAUCCAUAUCAACCCUGUGAUCGGAUAAUUUAUCAUAUUGGCUCCUCACUCAGAAAUCCUUUGAAAUUCUCCGGUGUUCGCGAUUUUACCACUCGUUACUUCACCAAAAAUCCAUGGAUUAAUAAAAAUGGGAAGCUUGUCAAGAUUGGCAAGGUUACUAUGCUGAGCAGCAUGCCUACUUUUCUCUGUUACAUGAGAAUUCGAUUUCUUCUGCCAUUAAAGGGUCUAUAUUGGUUGGAUGCAAUUUUUUGUCAACAUUUUAAGAGAGUUUAUAUGGAUCUUGAUCGGAAAGUCAAAGUGGCAAUGCGAUUGGUGGAACUGUACAAACCCUAUUUAUUGUUUAAGGGCAUAUUCGAUGACAAAAAUUCAGAAAAAUUGCGAGUGGCAGCAAUGGAGAUGGGUUUAAAUGUGGAUGAGUUUGGAUUUGAUCCCAAAUGCAUAGACUGGGAAGAUUACUUCAUCAACAUUCACCUUCCUGGCCUUGUACUAUAUGUAAUGAAACAAUAAAUUUGGCCGUCAAAUAUUUUAUAUGCUACUCUUUCUUAGUUGAUAAUUGGUAUGAUGUAAUUGACUUUGAAUGUAAUGUCUUAACGAAUAAGAAGAGUUGUAUGCAUAAAAAAAAAAGUAUUUA